AUGGCCGACAAAACAACCACGUCCCCUACUGCCCGCGUUGGCUCUGUUCGAGCUGCCACCACAGCGCGCUUGGCUGGUACAGCAACAUCCAGUACAGCUCGUCGACCAGCAACGACAACGACGCCUGCUUCUCGAGCUCCCACUACUACGACACGUACAUCGACUGGUCUCAAUAAACCACCCACUCGACCUCUUGCGAGUACGUCGUCGACCACUACUCGUCGACCAACUUCCUCUUCCACCACGGCGUCAACCCACAGGGCCAGCAUCAGUGCUAGCGAAGAUGAACGAAAGUCCAUUGCAUCGGCCACCUCCCGUAGGUCCGUGAUUGGUAGCCCGGGCAAGACUGCCACCGCUGCCACUCGCAGACCUACAACAACUACUACACCCAGCUCCAGAGCCUCUCUUGGUGCUACUAGGACACCCAGCGUAGCUACUAGCCGCACAACGCCGGGUUCUACUGCUAGAACCACAACCACGACGACCGCUACCAAGAGACUAUCAACUGCUGCCGCAUCAUCACCAGUUACACCUCGUUUGGCGGCACGCCCUGCAUCUCGCCUCGACGCGCAUGCUGAUCUUGUUAAGGAACUGCAGGAGCUUAAAGCUACUCUAGCUGAAAAAGACGAAGAAAUUGUUUCGCUCAUUGAGCAGGUACAAAACUCUGAGACAACGAUUGCAGAGCUCAAAGAACAGGUUCACGGUGCCCAUGAUAACUCGAAGGCUCUAACCGAAAAUGAAGACGAGAGCAGUGUGGCAAUUGCUGAUCUUAAGUCGCAACAUGAUAUAUUAAUCAAUUCUUUGGAAGAUCGCUUGGCUGUUCUUAGUGAAAAGCUGGAAAAGGCAGAGCGAGAUGCAGAAGAGCAACGCUCAAGGUUAGCCGAAGCCGAAGCUGCUCGAGAUGCUGCAGCUGUUGCUUUGGACAAGAAAGCCAAAGAGUUUGACGAAAUGGAAGAAACCCAAGUUGCUCAGUCCGCCGAGAUGCAGCAACUUCGAUCUUCUCUUGCUGAGGAGCAUAGUACGACCAUUGCUGACCUAAAUAAGAAGCACGCUGCAGUUUUGGAACAGCAUGAGCAUAGCGCGUCUCAGCACCAGACCGCUUUGUCCGAGCUACAGAAAACUCAUGAGGCUGAAAUCGAAGACUUGAAACUGAAGAUCGAUGCCCUCACUGCCUCUAAAAAUGUUUUGGCGGCUGAACACGAAGCAAGAGUUAAAUCCGUAGCAGACAGUCAAUCUGAUGCCCUCAAAUCACUCGAGGCUCAGAUUGCAGAGCUCAAGACUAAGUUGGAGUCUGCAGAGGCCGAAGUUGGCAAUGCGCGGUCUUCGGCAGAAGAUGGCGGGUCUCAAGUUAUGGGGUUGCAACGGGAUUUAGCUGUUAAAGAGCGUGAGCUUUCUGCUGCUCAAACGACGAUCAAGGAGAUGCAAGAUCAGCAAUCGGCAAUGCAGGAGUCCCUCGGAGAACGGGAUGGAGAUAUCGCAAAGCUUAAAAUUACCCAUGAUGAGCGAUUGAAACAGAUCUCGCAAGACUACGAGGAUGAAAUCGAGAGCCUUAAAGGUGACGCCUUCUUCAAACGUCGUUUUCAAGAACUGGAAGGGCAGUAUAACGAGUUGAAGCUUUCUGCUGAAGAAGCACAAAUUACUCAUGAGACGGCCCUUGCAAACCUAUCAACUGAGCAUUCUGCUGUGUUGGAGGCCAAGGAUGCAGCCCACAGUGCCGAACUAGAUGCUCUCCGCGAAACACACACCAAGGAACUGGUAGGAAUCAAGGAUGGUGAAUCUGCGGCAGCGGCGGCCCAUUCCAGCCAGAUCGAAUCUUUGCACACCGAGCAUGUUGCUGCCAUGGAGGCAGCUGUUGCGGAAGCCCAUGCGACACACUCAAAGGCUCUUGAAGAACUAGAAAACACACACAAGAGCAUCCUCGAGUCCAUUACUAAGGAACACAAUGAAACUAAAGAACAGCUAUUGGCUAAAGACAAGGAAGCAGCUUCUUAUCAAACUACCACUGAAGCUGGUCAUGCUGCCGCUCUGACAGAACUCCAUGCGCAGCUAGCAAAGGCUCACGAGGAAUUGACGGUUGCCCAGAGCAGCGGCUCGGAUGCCGCUUCUGCCCGUGAAGCUGUAGACAAAGCACACGCCGACCAGCUAUCUGCGCUGCAAGAUGAUCUCUUGCAAACCAAACAAGAGCUAGAGAAAGCCCAGAACAAUGGAAAAGAAGCUGAGGCUGCUCGAGAGGCUGCUGAGAAGGCUCACGAAACUGAACUUGCGACAGUCCGUGAGACACUUGCUAAAGCACAUACCGAUGAUCUUGAGCAAGAACGUAAUAACGCUAAGCAGACUCAUAUCGAUGAGAUGCAACAGGCACAAGAUAAUGCUAAGCAAGCACAUGCUGAGGAACUAUCUGCCAUCCGUCGCGCCAUGGAGGAUAACCAUGCUACGGAGGUGCGCGACUUAGAACUAAAGAUCAAAGAUCUGUCCUCGGAGCUUGACCAGACGAGGAACUCUGGUAACGAAGCCACGUCGGUUCACGAAGCAGCGGUGCGGGCCCAUGCCGAAGAGCUGCUAGAAAUCCGCUCGCAACUAGAGAAAAAGACCGCCGACCUUGAAGCUAUGAAGGAGAGUAGUGCAGAGGCAACAACGGCAUUGCGACAGGAACUUGAAGAUAAUCAUGCCAAGGAGAUUGAGAAACUUGUCUCUGUUCAUUCAGAAGCUUUGGGUGCAUUGAAGACUGACGGUGCAAAAUCAAAGAAAGAUGUUGAAGAAAUGACGGAGUCUCAUGCGAAGGCAAUCGAAGGCUUGGUAGAAAAGCAUCAGACAUCAAACAAGGCUCUUGAAGAACAAAUAGCCGAUCAGAGUGCCAAAAACAGCGAAUUGCUAGCUUCUCUAGAGGCGGUCAAGACUACACUGGCGCAAACUGAAACAGAGGUUGCAGAUUUGGCACAACAACUAGCUCAAGAGAAGAUGGAGCGCAUGACUGCUCUAGCAGAUCUGGAUGCGGUGAAGCAAGGACUGGCUGAUACGUCGGAAUCAGACAACCUAAAGAGUCAAAUGAUAGAUCAGAAGCGGUCAUUUGAAGAUUCCUUAGCUACUGCAGAGGCCGCUCUGAAGGCUAAACAAAGCGAAUUGGACAUUGCCAGAGACCAGCUUACCGUUGCUCAGCAGAGCCUCACUGCCACUGAACAGAGUUUGGAAAACAUGCAGGAGGAGUACACGGAGUUGCAGGAAGAACACUCCAAGAAAGAUGUGGCGGCUAAGACUGAUUACCAAGGUCUUAACGAUAAGAUCGCAAGCCUGACUGAAGAAGCGGAUAAGAAAUCCAAGGCUCUGGAGAACGAAAUUGAGGCUCUCAAUGCAAAGGCUGCCGAUAACACAAAGAGGGUGGAGGAACUCGAAGCUCAGCUCAAGGUUAAGGAUGCUGAAAUUAUGGAGGCUAAGGCCAAGCAGACCGCCUCAACCUCUUCGACACCAGCCAAGCCAAAGGGCCUCGCUGGAAGUCGCUUCGCCAAAGUAGAGAGCGACGAAACGGAGCCUGUUGACGAGGAUGCUGGUCAGGAGGCGGAUGAGGAUCACUCUUCCAUUGCCAUGGCCGCGUUGAGUAAGGCUCGCUUGACUGCGAAGCAGAUGGACACCAUAGACCGAGAGAUGGCCGAUCGCAAUCUCAAGAUCCUAAGCUCCAUUACCAACUUGAACAAAGACUCGGCGCAGAAUUAG